AAGAUGACCAACCGCGGAGUCGGCUUCCCCAACAACGGGGUCGACGACCAAGGCUGGAAGCUGUAUAUCACGUCGCUGGUCAUGAUCUUGGCCGCCGGCCUGGUUGUCAUUGCCAGAGUCAGCAUACGCCUCGCCAGACGGAAUUUUGGCUACGACGAUGUCGCCAUUGUGGCCGCCCUGCUGUUUUCCAUCGUGCUCUCCGUCUCCAUCCAGCUCGCCGUCGAACACGGCUAUGGCAUGCACAAGGCCGAUCUGACAAAGGACGAGCAGGAGGAAGCCUUGAAGUGGUUCUUCAUCGCGCAGACUCCGUACAAGGUGACCGUGUGCCUCUACAAGAUCUCGGUCAUCCUCCUGUACCUGCGCAUUUUCGUCACCAAGACCUUUCGCAUCGCCGCCUUCGUCGUCUUGUCCAUCGUCGUCGGGUACAGCUUGGGCGGCAUUGGCGCCACCAUCUUCCAGUGCGUGCCGAUCAGGGGGGCUUGGGUGAAGAACUCGGGAGCGACUUGCAUCAACUCGGACCAGUUCUGGGUCGCGUACGCCGUCCUGAACAUUCUUACAGAUGUUCUGGUUCUCGCAUUGCCGGUCGGGCCCAUCAUGAACCUGCACCUGCGCUGGCGGGAGCGGUUUCUGAUCUGGGGCGUCUUCAUGCUGGGUGCCUUCGUGACUGUCAGCUCGAUCCUGCGCGUCGCUUCGGUGCAGAACUCGCUCAAGAACAUACAAGACCAGACCUACAACUUCAUCCCCCGCGGCAUCUGGACCCUCGUCGAGGCCAACCUGGGCAUCAUCAGCGCCUGCCUGCCCGUGCUCAAGCCGCCGCUGAGCGCCCUGUUCCCGCGCCUUUUCGGCAGUACUGGCAAGAAGAGCACCGCGCCGGCGCGGAGCGAAGGGUCGCGCCCAGGGGGGCAAUCCAACGAUCCGUGGUCCUCCGUCUCAGCCGCGAACCGCUCGAAUCCGCGUUUCUGGCGUGUGCCUCUCAAGCACGAGCUCAGCGUUUCUAUCUCGGCCGCGCGGCCAAAUAGGAAUAGUGACGAGCACCAGAUCAUCGGGGCAUCGGACAAGGGUAGUACGAAUGAUUCGGUAGAACUGAAUGAACGGGCGCCCAAUUUGAAGCGGGGCGACUCAGGGGGGAUCUCGAAGACGGUCGAGGUGGUGAGGCAAUCGUUCCACGAGCAAAGGGGGCUGGCGUCGAUCUAGCUGCUCCGAACUAGCUGCUCCUAACCUGAGUAGUCACCGAGCGCUGUGAAUUAAACGGCAUACAAAAACAAGAACCUCUGCCCGUCAUGAACAAUCGAGCCAGCGGUCACUCCCCGGCGUGAAUCCAGGCGGAGAGACCUUGAUGAGAAGCAGAUCGCAAACAGUCGUCCUCUUGGCCUCCUGUCCUUUUUGACUCCAAUGCCUCCAUCUUUUUCAAUGCAGCUUCUCUUUCAGGCGAGACAUAUCGAAGACGAAUUAUGGCGAGAAAAUCUUGCAUCCAUUGUUCUCCCUUGCCGUGCG